AUGGACGGGUACCACGGCGGCUCGAAUCAAGACGGCGACUUCAACGACGGCUGCUUGGACAAUGCUUCCGGCUACGGAGACGGCUCCGAAACCAGGGACUUCCUGUCCCAGGCGCCGCCGUACGCCGGAUCUAGGGCCCACACCGGCUUUCGCAACAACUCCGGCGACGUCUUCGGCUACGGCUUCGGCAGCAAGGCGCCCUCCCUUAGCCACCUGGGGUUCAGCGAGCUGGACCUCAACGCCAGCCAUUCGUGGCUGGGCUUGGCUCGUUACCAGGAGAUCCUCCAGUCCCCAUUUGAAAGGCGGCGGCGUGGCAGCUCUCACGACCCCCCUCCCAUGCGCGUGCCAUCCCACGCCGGCAGGGGUUCCCUCGGCCUCCGACCUCCUCGCCGCCGCGUGCCUCCCCUAGGGCCUCAUGGUGAUGAGGCAGGCGGCUCGACUGGCGGUUCCAGGAGGCCCGGUGUGCGUCGCAGCCUAGUCCAGCCCGCCGCCGCCGACGAGGACGUCCCUCCGACUAAUGUCCCGGGCCCAGUGGAGUCCUCAAAACACCUGCACUUUCUCAUCACUCUCGUUGACGAGAUUGACAAGGAACGCCUAGGGUCGAGAUGUCGAAGUAAUGGAAAAAAUCUGACAGAGGGUUACUUCAAAGCGACAGAAUUAGUUCAUGACAACAUCAUCUUUGGGAGUAGGGUCCGCCAGCUGAAGAAGGAAUGGAAUGACCUACGGAAGCUCUAUCACAAGGAGACAGGCUUGGGGCACAAUGCAGAUGGCUCCAUCAGUGCUUCAGCUGAAUGGUGGAAAACCAACGACAAGGACAACAAGCUUAAGGGUACACUGCCUGACUACAUGGACCUUUUGGAGCGCAUGUUCCUUGGCGUAGUAGUGACAGGGGAAACCGCUUAUGCUCCUAGCCACAGGAAUGCGCCACUGUCUGUGAGCAGUGACAAUGACGAAGACGUCCAUACCCCUCAGAGCACUGGGAGCAAGAGAAGCUACAGCAGCCUCAGCACCUGCAGCACUGCUGCUAGUCAAAGCAAGAGGGGCAGGAGUCCCGCAGUGAGGAUGAACGAAGGCAUAAGGAACUUGACCGUCAGUCUGGACAACAGGACUGAAGCGCUGAAGGAGAUUUGGCAUGAGAGGAAUCAAGCUGUAGAGAAGAAGAAGAAUGACAAAAUGGACACCAUUGACCAAGUGAUACAGCUGGCUAAAGAGGCAGGGGCAACAGAGGAAAAUGAGAGGCAGUGGAUUGGUGUCCUCAUGAUCACCCAAAACGAAGCUGCUAUGAGAAUGUUUAAAAAGUCAGAAGCAAAAGGAAGGAUGGCCAUCAUUAAGCACUAUGCCGGGGUCGUUAACUAG